AGAUCGUCCAAUGCUCAGACGGCUGCUGGGACCCUAUCAACGCCGUGCUCUCCAGUAAGUAGCGGAAGAGUAAUUUGCACAUUUUCGGUAAAUCUACUUGAGGAAAGCAGCCUCGUCUCGCAAGCCGAGCAGUCAGUGCUGAGUGUGACGCUCGACAAGCUGGUGCACGUAACUAAAAAAGCAAAAAAACAAGUGGAUCGCAGCGGACAGCAUGAUGACCACAGUAUCACAGACAAAGGAGAUCUUCAGGAGAGCAGAGGCUGUGUGCUUCGACGUGGACAGCACGGUUAUCAAGGAGGAGGGGAUCGAUGAGCUUGCCAAAUUCUGCGGUGUUGGGGAUGCUGUUACUGAAAUGACUCGUAAGGCCAUGGGAGGUUCGGUGACAUUCAAAACAGCCCUGACUGAGCGUCUCUCCAUCAUCCGAUGCUCAAGAGAACAAGUGAACAAACUAAUAACAGAUCACCCGCCUCAGCUGACUGCAGGUAUUAAGGAGCUGGUGGACAGUCUGCACCAACGCAACGUAAAGGUGUUCCUUAUCUCAGGUGGCUUCCGCUGCAUCGUGGAGCACGUGGCCACUCAGCUCAACAUCCCUCUGCAUCAUGUCUACGCCAACCGCCUCAAGUUUUACUUCAACGGCGAGUAUGCUGGUUUUGAUGAGAGUCAGCCCACAGCAGAAAGCGGCGGAAAAGGAAAAGUAAUCAGCAUGCUGAAGGAACAAUAUGGCUUCAAGACCGUGGUGAUGAUCGGAGAUGGAGCCACUGACCUGGAGGCCUGCCCCCCUGCUAGCGGCUUCAUCGGAUUUGGUGGGAAUGUCAUCCGGCCGCAGGUCAAAGAGAGAUGUUCGUGGUAUGUCACAAGUUUUGGAGAGCUGCUAAAGGAACUGGAGAAGAUCUAAAGAGGGAAAGCUGUACUGUUACUAAUUUUAACCUUUUUUAUUUGCACCUAAUUUUGUGCCUCAUGGUUUUAUCCAGUGCACAUUUUUUUCUUAGACUGUCAAUAGAUUUUUAUAAUGAAUGAAAAUGUUUACAAUAGUGAGACAAUUUUUACUUUCAUGGGGUUGUUGCCCUCAUGUUUUAUACUAGAGAAUACUAAAAAAUAAUAACCACAGAACAUUGUCUAUCUGGAAGCAUUUCGUUUUUUUGCACUUUUGACAUCAGAGCUUUUAGGCACGCUAGUACAACUCCUGCAUAUUUCAGUUUGUGAAUAGAAAUGUAUUAAUUCUCUUAGGGUAAUAAGGAUAAAAGACAUGUCAAUGUGUAUCGUGUGUUCAAUUCUUUAUAGCACACCUGCAUUAAACACAGGAAGAACGUGGA